CCGACCCGCUCCGACCCGGUCCGACCCGCUCCAACCCAGCCCGACCCGACCCAGCCCGGCAGCUGAGCGGAAACUGUAACGAAAUUUCUGAAUAAAACGAUUCCGGGACCCACAGCCUCAGUUUUUCUCAAGCCUCUUGAGUGAAGGUGGUGUCGGCUCAGAAUCGAGGUUUCCAUGGAUGUUCCAAGCCCCCCAUUAUCUCUUCAAGACAAUGGUUUUAGUUUGGUAUCCCCUGAUCCAAGGACAUCCAAGGAAGAGAUGGAAAAACUUAGGGAAGAGCUGAGGAUGUGGAAGAACAGAGUGAAAGAGGCUGAAACUGUCAAAGUUGACCUUCUCUCCAAAUUAAGUGCUGCUGACAGAGCAGAGAAGAAGCUGACAGAGCAGAGGGAGCAGCAGAAACAUCGUAGGGACAGAAUGAUCAGAUGGGAGCUAGAGCUCUUCCUGCUAAGGCAAGAAAACACUGAGCUGAGAAAAGAGAUUGAAAAGCUCAAAGAAGACCUGGAAGAACACAGUUCCCAGGAUAAUCUGUUGGAGAUUAAAAAGAAGGUGGCAGAAAUGAAAUUGAAGUUCACUCACCUGAAAGAGAUGAAGCAUGAUGGGGCAGAGAUGGAUAUGGACACCCACUGUGUUUUUGGGGCAGCCACAAAAGUUCCCUUCAGACUCAAUCAGAACCAGGCACUGCUGACUUUUGAAGAUGAAGAAGUUGCCCUGAGACUGACAAAGAGGAGCAAGCACUGUGUGAACCUGGACGACAGAACAGCAAAUGUGACAGUGAAGCCUUUUGAACUUGACAUGGGAUUCCAAUUUGAGCUCCAUGUCACAGUGUCUGGAAAGAAGAUUAAUGUUUCAGACAUACCUGAGCUUCCCAUUCCUGAAGAUUGGAUGAGAGACAAACUUGAGCUGUGUUUCUACAGAACUGAGCAGGCAAAAGGAGAAAGAGAAAUAGAAAAUGUCACCUACAACAGGGGCACUGGGACAGCUGUCAUCACAUUCCUCAAACCUGGAGCAAGCUACAGCUUUGUGGGAUAUACUGAAUACCCUUUCUGUGCAGAGGAAAGGUGGUUCUUCCUUUCUGUCUCCCCACAUUUCGAUUUCCACUUGAGGAGAUUUCAGCCACACUGCAGGGUUUCCAAGAAAACCAUUCUGCUGAAAGGAAUCUCAGAUGUGGAAGAGGAUGAAGAAAGUGUGCAGGACAUGAUUGAAAUUCACUUCCAAAAGCCAAGCAAUGGUGGGGGGGAGAUAGAGGAAAUCAAAUACAUCUCCAGAGGAGCAGCCUAUGUUUAUUUUGAGGAGGAUACUGGGAAUGCCACCUCAGAAAUCACAGGGCACUCAUGAAGUUCUGAGGUUUUGUUCCUCGGGGAUUUAUGUAGAUAGUGUGCUUUGAUGCUCUGAAAUGGAUCCUGUAGAAAAGGAGUCCCUGCCUUCCUGAUUUGUCUCAUGGCACUUUGCAUUGGAAGUCAGCAAAACUCCCUGCCUGUGUUGCAGAUUAAAGGCACAGCCCAAGCCUUCAGCAGCCCCUUAAACAUCUCAGAUUCUCUGCAAUUUUCCAUAGUUUAUACCUUGCAGGUUUUAAGAUACUCCAGAGUGGGAUGAGUGCAUGAUUUCUUACAUUCUGGAUACAAAAGCCAUAUUUAAUCCCAGCCCAAGCCUCCUCACAGUGCUGCUUUGUUUGAAGUGCCAGAGCUUCAGAAGGUGGCUCUGACACAGCUCCAGUCCUGCUGAGGUUGCUGAGUGAAACACCUGAAAGAAUCCUGUAAUUUCAUAAAAGCCACUUUAUUAAAUUAGUGAUAGAAUUAAAAUAGAAAAAGGGGGCGUGCAAAACAAAUUGCACUUAAGAAAUGCCCUGGUAUUUGCUGCCUUUAGCUGUUUGUAGCCUGCUUUAUUGUUUGAUUUUAAUAUUUGUUUCUGCAAUUCCGUUUUUCCUCAGUUUUGUUCAUGAUUUUGGCUAUUCUAAACUAUUUCAGCCAAGGAUUGAUCUGGUGCUGUACCUGGUUUUGUAACAAUGCUGGUGAACAGCCCUGUGGGAUCUGGUGGUCCCAGGCUGGGAGGGCUUGGACAGAGUAAUUUUCCAAGGAGGAAUGUUUUUCCUUUUCUGCUGUCGUCCUUGGAAAACAAAUCCUCCUCUGACUUUGCACUUUUGCCAUCCUUGGGGGCUGAAAUGGUUUGGUCCCAACAAUCUUGACUCCAAACUAACAUGAGCAUGGCAUUGGAAAGAAUUUAUUUUUGGGGUAUUUGACAUCUUGGUAUGCAGGGAAAGGAGAGGGAAUACCUCAGGGAUUAUUAUUCCAGACAAACUGUUAAUUUGCAAUAGAUGAAAGUUGAAUAUGGAAAAUGAAGAGGCUGCAAACACCACAGUUUAUUUUGAAUUUGCUGUUGAGUGAGAUACAUGUGACUGUAGCACCUCUCACUGUUUAGGGCCUGCAAAGGCAGGGAUUGACUACCUGACCACUGUAAAAUAAUAAUAAUAACUUCAAACAAAGUAGUGCUGAAGUAUUUAUGGACAUUGUGCACUUUUGCACUCUGAGAAACUUGGUAAGACCAGACACUUUAAAAAGAGAGGGGGGAAAACCUGAGAAAGGUAAAAAAUGUCAUGAAUUUCAACUGCAUCUCACUGAUAAAUAUUGAGAAGUAAAUCCUUAAAAAGGAAAAAGCUCAAAAUUCUCAUAAGGAUUAGUGAGAAGCUGCAGGUUUUAAAGCCCAGAAAACAAAUCAGAUUUUUACAUUUGAAAGACAGUGUAAAUGUCUUGUCUUUGUCUCUGAUGAAUUAUGGCUUGUGAUGAUUACCCUGUUCAAUUUUAAAGCAGCAGCGGUGCUUUAAAGGCUGGAGACUGGUUUUAAUGAUGAAAAACAAGAAUAAAGCGUCAGUGAUGUUUCUGUAAA